AUGCCUUGGUCUCCAAAACUGAAGAUGUUUUUAAACAGCCAUUUGCUUUUUAGUGAACUUGCUUCUUCUUCAAGUUCCAAUUUACCAUCUACUAGUAGGCAAGAGCCAGUGGCUUCUUCUUCUUCUUCGGUCUCACAUUCACCUUUAGACUUAUUGGAUAGCAUUAUGGCUGGCCAAAAAAUGCUUCAUUCAAAAUCUGAUAACAUAGUUAUUGGCUCAGAUGGUUCUUUAGCUUUGAAAAAUAAAAUUCCUCAAAAGAAAAAUUCUAACGAUAUAAAAAGCAAUUCAUCUCGUACACCUAUGCAUGUAGCUUUAAUCAAAAACAAUAAAUCUUCAUCUUCCAACUCGGAAAAAAACAGUAAAACUUCAUCUACAAGCAAUGAAAAUGCCAGUAAGCUUUCAAAACCAUACUCCUCUCCCAAGAAAAUGCCUAAUGCCAGAAGUAAAGAUCAAAACUCUGAGAAAAAUGUCAACUCAAGUAGUCGUUUCAAAAAUCAUAAGAUAGAUGGCAAUCAGUUUGAUCGCCUGAAGAAAAAGCAACAAAAAUCAAGAGACAGUUCAAGUGAAGGUGAAUCAAUCGAUUCUUACUUAGAAGCUAGUAGAAGUAGAAACGUUAACAGUAAGAAAGUAUGUUCUAAGCAAGUAAACCGAAAAUCAAACCAUGGAAAAGUUGAUUUCCAAGUGAAACAAGAACAUUGUAGCACUAGUAGUGAAACUUGCAUUACUGAUUCCUCUGCUAAUAACCACUCAUUUUUAGAUUUACCGAUAAAAAAAGAAAUAAUGUCGGAUGAUGAGACCAAUAUUGAUGCUUGGGAAAACUCAAGCAUGCAGAAAGAUAUCUCACAAGCAAUAAAAUCAGAGCCUUAUGAUUCUUACAUACAGCAAGAAAAGCCGAAUGUCCCUAAAAUAUUUUCCUUGAAUGGUGAAAAAGAUGAUGUUGAAGAAGAUAGUGGUUGUGAUUUCUCUCAAAGUUUAAUUGAUUCAAGCGAGAGAACUUGUCCUUUAAACAAAAAUUCACUUCAAAUCUGCAAUACAUCAAAAACAGCUAAUGAAUGUAAUGAAUCACUAGUGAAUAAAACUAAAAACCAUUUGCGUAUAAAGAAAGAAGUUUUAUCUGAUGAUGAAAAAAGUCUGCCAGAGUCACAAGAAGUACAAUUUUUGUUUCAAGUACAGCGUUUGAAGAAACAUAGAAAAUCAAGAACUAAUAAUCAUUUCAUUCAUGAAUCACUUAGCAUAGAUAAAGCUAUUUCUAUUAAAAAAGAGAAACUUUCAGAAGAUGAACUUCCUAAUGAAACAGUUUGUAAUUUAAUGUUGACUCAAAAUAAUAGUUUGUGCUGUGCAAAAGAAAAUGUAAUAGCUUCAAAAGGUCAACAAAUCAAAGUCAAACAAGAGAUUUUAACUUCAGAAGAUGAAAGUGCUCAAAUUCCUGAAACACAGAUGUUGCCUAAGGUUAAUAAAUCUUCACUACUCUCGGAAGGCUCAGAGGCAUGUUCUCAAAGCAUAGAAAAUUGCUUAAUUAAAGUAGAAUGUAAUAGUUUAGAUGAUGACGAUGAUCUCCCAGCUACUCAAAUGUUACCUGUAAAAGAAUUGUUUGAGUCCAAAUCUAAAAGAGGUAUAAGUCCGUGUGAAUCGAAAUCGACUGAUCAAAAAGAUAAAAUGUUCAUUUCCAAGUCGUUGCUAUCUGAAAAGAAAUUUACCUGUUCAACUGACAGUGAGUUGCCUGCUACACAGUCCUAUCAAUGUACAGACAAUCCACCUAGAAAUUCUAAGAAAGUUCCAGUAUCAAAUAAAAAGCAUAAUGGAAAUUCUGACAUUGAUUCUGAUGAGACUUCACUUUGCCAUAAAACUUCUACCUCAAAAGACACUUAUGACAAACCUAAAAUAGUUCUUUCAAACUGCAUACGGGACAGCAAUGAAUCCUCUCCUUCUCCAGGCUUUCAUACUGACACUAUAACUGCAAGCACUUACUCAAAUGAAACGUGUUCUCAAGAUGAAGACGAUAUACUGCCUCCAACACAGGCAAUUUUUGGUAAUACAAAUAUUAAGAACUGGUCUUCUAGUCUGAAGCUUGCUACACAAGGGAACCUGCAUCACAGUAAGAUUAAAAACCUAAGGAAAGAUAACAACAACGAUGAACUACCCCCAACUCAAGUUAGUAGUAAAUGUUCUAAAAGUUUUACAUUGUUUCCUGAAUCUUAUACUGCUUUAAAUGUAGUCAAUGUGAAAGAAGAAUGCACUUUAAGGGACACCACAAAAGGUAAGCAAAGUAUCUACAUAUCUGAAGAAGAUAGUGAACUUCCACCAACCCAAGCAGUUGGUGCUUUUACUAAACCAGUCUGUAAAACUUCAAUGCAUGUCAAUAGCAGUUCUUUUCCAUCUUCACAACAUGCAGAUACUUUUACUGAACGAAACCGUAAAAUUUCACAAUGUGAAAACUAUGAUUCUUCUACAUUAGAAGAUAAUGAUUUGCCUCUUACUCAAGCUACCAAUGCUUUUUUAAAAACAAAAAAUAAAAGUUCAGAUCAAGGCAAUUAUGAUUACUCGAUGUUUGAGGAUGAAAACGAUCUCCCUCCUACCCAAGCUAUUGAUGUUUUUACUAAACCUAACUGUAAAAUUUUUAAGCAUGAUAAUGGUAAACCUUUUUUGUCUGCACAUGAUAUUUCUCCUAUACAUGCUGCUACUUUUACAAGACAGAACAAUCAAAUACCGCAAAGUGAUAACCAUGAUUCUUCUUCAUCAGAAGAUAAUGAUUUGCCUCCUACUCAAGCUACCAGUGCUUUUUCUAAAUCAAAAGGUACAGCAUCAAAUCAAGACAAUUAUUAUUGCUCUGAUGGUGAUGAUGAAAAUGAUCUCCCUCCUACCCAAGCUAUUGAUGUUUUUAUUAAACCUAACAGUAAAACAUUGAAACGUGGUAGUUAUAAUUCUUUUGCAGCUAGAGAUGAAAAUGAUCUGCCUCUUACUCAAGACAUUGGUUCUUUUAUUAAACCUAAACCUAAGACUUCAAAGCAAAGUACAUGUAACUCUUUUACAUCUGAAGAUGAUAAUCUACCUCUUACUCAAGCUUCUGAUGUGUUUUUAAAACCUAAACAUCAAGUUUCAAACCGAGGCAGUAAUGAUUGCUCAACAUUUGAAGAUGAAGAUAGUCUCCCCCCUACCCAAGCUAUUGAUAUUUUUACUAAACCAAACUGUAAAAUUUCAAAGCGUGGUAACAGUGAAUCUUUUUUGUCUGCACAUGCUAAUGAUCUUUCUCCUACACAACAUGCUGAUACUUUUACAAAACAGAACAAUGAAAUGUCACGAAGUGAUAACUAUGAUUCUUCUUCUUCAUCAGAAGAUAAUGAUUUGCCUCCUACUCAAGCAACCAAUGUCUUUUCAAAAUCAAAAGGUAUAGCUUCAAAUCAAGGCAAUUAUGAUUGCUCAGAUGGUGAUGAUGACAACAAUCUCCCUCCUACCCAAGCUAUUGAUGUGUUUAUCAAACCUAAGUGUAAAACAUUGAAACAAAGUAAUUAUAAUUCUUUUACAGAUGGAAAUGAUCUGCCUCUUACUCAACACAUUGGUACUUUUAUUAAACCUAAACUUAAGACUUCAAAGCAAAGUAAAUGUAACUCUUUCACAUCUGAAGAUGAUAAUCUACCUCCUACUCAAGCUUCUGAUGUGUUUUUAAAACCUCAACAUCAAGUUUCAAGUCGAGGCUCAACAUUUGAAGAUGAAAACAGUCUCCCUCCUACACAAGCCAUUGACGUUUUUACAAAACUUAACUGUAAAAUUUCAAAGAAUGGUAGUAAUGGUUCUUGUUCAUCUGCACAUGCUGGCGAUCUUCCACCUACACAGCACACUGAUGCUGUUACUAAAUUGAGCCAUAAAAUAUCACAAUGUAAUGACUAUGAUUCUUCUACAUCAGACGAUAAUGAUCUACCUCCUACUCAAGCUACCAAUGCUUUUUUAAAACCAAAAAAUAAAAUUUCAAAUCAAGGCAGUUACGAUUGUUCUACAUUUGAAGAUGAAAAUGAUCUCUCUCCUACUCAAGCUAUUGAUGCUUUUGUUAAACCUGAGUAUAGAACAUCAGAACAAAGUGAUUGUAAUGCUUUUUCAUCUAAAGAUGAAAAUGAUCUACUUCCUACGCAAGACAUUGGUACUUUUAUUAAACCAAAGCUUAAGACAUCUGAACAAGGUAUUUCUAAGUCUUUUACGAGUAAAGAUGAUCUAUCUCCUACCCAGGCGUACAGUAUUUCUAAUAAAUUGAAACCUGUUUCAGAUACCAAAGAUCGUCUCGACUCGUCCAAAAAUGAUUAUGACUCACAUCAUCAAAACGUAGUAGAUAGCUCUGCUGAACCAAAGCUGAGUUUAGAAAAUUCAAAGAAAACUUUUUGUUAUUCUGAGGAUGAAAAUGAACUUCCUGCAACUCAAAGAUUAGAUAUUUCUGAAGAUGAUAUUGAUGACACUGAACUGCCUGCUACUCAAUGUGUAGAUUCAGAACUCAAUUCAAAUAUGUCUUCCAAAACAGCUAAAGAGCCUUCUAAGAAACUAAAAGCAAAUGAAGUUAGUUCUCAUACAGCUGGGGAACUAAAUCGGGAAAUGAAGGAAAACGCACUGGAAGUUGACAUGAGUGAAAUUCUUUCAAACAUUUCGCAUGCUGUAAAGAUUGUAACGAGCAGUUGUGCUAAGACAGAUAAAACUUUUGACUCUGAUGGAACUGAAAAGGUUGCAUCAUCCGAAGACUGUGAUAAGCAAGCAGUUUCUAGUGAAAUCCAAAAGUCAUGCGAAAUGGAAAAAGAAUAUCAAAUAAGUAAUGAUGCAGCGAAAAUGCUUAAUCAAGACGAAUCAGCUGAUUCUGAAAAUCUAACGAUUGAACAGAUCAAACAAAAAAUUGCUUUGUCUGAAAACCAAAAGAAAAGCUCUCCCAAACAGCUGGGAGUUCAUAGACAUUUGCCGCAAGUUAUUACUUCAGUUGGUCCUAAAAAGCAAUUGGUUCUUAAGCCAACCAGACAAAAAACUUUUUCUUUUCUUGAUGUAGAAAAGCUAGAAUCCAGCAGUUCAAAAGAUAGUAAAAUCACAACUGAUCAUUUCAGCAACAGUUCUUGUAGCUCUGAUAAUAACUUGGAAGCUUUUCAGGAAAAAGACCCUGUAAGUUUUGAGAAUUGUCUAGAAAAAAAACAACUUAGAUCUAAGUCUGCUUCAAAUGAAAAUAAUGCAAAUAUUAUUGACACCACAGAUUCAAACUCUUCACUUCGCGAUUUCAAUGGCACACAGAUUGGGAAAAGCUGGAAAUCUAAUGCAAAUAAUUGUGGAGAUUCAUUUUCACAAAAUGAUACUGAAUUCUCUCCUACCCAAUCAUUAGAACAGUCUAAAUUAGCUUUGAACUUUAGCAUGAACUCAGGCAUUAAUGACGUUAAAAAUCUAAAUUCUCAAAAAAAGAAACGGAAACAAAAUCAUGCAGAACAUGAGCAGAAGUCUCAGAGCUUACCAUUCUCAGAUGACGAGCUACCUGCUACACAACAAAUCGAACAUUGUGGUUUUUUUAAUGAUAAAAUGAAUAAAGAUUGUAAAUUCAAUAUUAAAGAACACUCAUCUAAAACAUUGGUAGAUCUUUCUAUCAAACAUCGCAACGAACAUUUGCAUAAAAAUGAUAAACAUCAAAAACAACAUUUUCCUGAAAAAAGUAUGAAUGAUACUGAUGAUUUGCCAGCCACACAGGUAAUGGAAACUGAUUUUGCACAUCUGAAAAACAGUCACCAAAAAAUUACAUUGACAACGACGAAUAACUCUAAUGACAGACAUCUAAAACAGGCUGGGGAAAAAAUGCCUCCUACUGCUUUAAAUAAACAGCAACGUUCUUCUUGUAGUAAAAAUUACUUCACUGAGUUUGAAAAUGAUGAUGUUUCUGCAAAUGACCCUGAUGAUUUACCAGCUACACAAAUGAUGGGGGAAGACUUUGCACAUAAGAAAAAUAGUUGCGAAAAAAUUAAAUUUAUAAAGAGCAAUAAUUCUGAGAAUAGUUUUCAAAAACAGUCAUGUGAAAAGUCGCAUCCUGCUGCUAUAAACAAAAAACAACAUGCUUCUUGCAGUAAAAAUGAGUUUAAUGAGUCUGAAAGUGAUGAUCUUUCUGCAAAUGAUACUGAUGAUUUACCAGCUACACAAAUAAUGGAAAGAGAUUUUGCACAUUCGCGAAACGAUCGUCAAGAAUUAAAGUUUCCAAAGAACAAUCGUUCUGACAAUAAAUAUCAUAAACAAUUGUGUGAGAAGUUGCUUCCUGCUGCUUUAGAUAAGAAACAGCGUGACUGUAAAAUGAAUGAUGUAAAUGACACUGAUGAUUUGCCAGCCACACGAAAAAUUGAUGAUAUUGGUUGUAACAAUAAAAAUAAGUUUGGAAAUAAACAGAGAAAUAAUGUUGAGAAGAGUAAUUUUGAGAAAAGCUUGAAACAUGUAACUGCCACUACAAUUUUCAAAAAUAAAGAACAAACUGCUGGUAUUCAAAGUAAUUUGAAAAGCUUAGACACUCGGAAAUCAUGUAGAAAAAACGUAGAUUCACCGUCUUCUAACUUAUUUCAUCAACAAAGUGACAAAAUUGAAAAUAAUUCUAAACAGUCAAAUAAUUGUGAUAAUUUGCAGCAAAAGAAAGGAGCAUGUUUGUACAGAAGUGAUAAAAAAGAAAAUACCAAAAGCAGAAACAAAUCCCAAGAAAAUGAUGAUGAAUUGCCUGCUACCCAGGAAAUAGCGAAUGACAAGCAUACAAACAAGCAGGAUCAUAAAAGAUCAAAAAAGUUAGAAAAAUGUGAAUUGUUAAAUGAAAAUUUGAAUGAGUUGCCUUCACAUUUCAGUGAACAGAAAUCAAAACUGAAAAGAACAUCAAAAGAAACUAGUAACAAUAAAUUUUGUGUUUCACAAAAUUCUGAAAAUGCCCUCUCUGUCCCUUUGCGUAGUGAUAACAUCGGAAAGAAUGUGGUAAAAGAUCCAAGUUUUUCAAAGAAAAGGAAACAUUUAUCUGAAGUUUUAGAGGAUUCUUAUGGACAAGUCAAAGAUGUUACUAAAAGGACAAAAAUUAGUGCCAUAGACACUUUUGGUCCAGUUUGUGUAAAGAAAGAAGUUAUGUCCCCAAAAAAUAGUUUUUGUAGUUCAGAAACAGAGGGUUCAGGUAUGAAUGAAUACUUAGAGUUAAAAAAAAGUGAUGUAUUGCAUGAAAUCAAAAAAGAAUCUGGUUCUUUUGAAAAUGUGCGUAUUAAGCAAGAAAAAUUAGAAAGCAGUGCAGGAAAUGAUAAUAAGUGUCUGUCUAACCAAGAAAAACCUAAAAAUUUUGAUUCCCCCAUGAAUAAUAAUCUCUUGAAAUUAGACAUAAAAAUAAAGGAAGAGCCGCUCAGUGAUGAUGAAUGUACAUCAAUCAAUUUAAAAAAUCAAAUUAAAUCUCCAAAUCUUGAAUCACAGCUUCAUAAAAAUCCUUGUGCAAAUAGAACACUGCAAAAUCAAGAUCCUUUUGUAAGCAUGUUGCCUAAGGCUCAACUUCAUUGCAAGACAACUGGAGAUGAAUACGAGUCUGAAAAUGUUACCAAUCCAAAGCUGCUGAAAGAUUCAAGAAAAUUUGACGAUAAAAGACGAAAAACUCUGGAUAAAAACCUAGUGUCUGAUAAUUCCGCAUUGAAGUGUAAAAAAGACUCAGAAUAUAGUUCUAAUAGCAAUAUUAAUGUUCAAAACAAAGUAAAAAAAGUUUUAGGAAAUAAAAUUGAUGUAUCACCACUAAUAGAUUUAACAAGCAAGUCAUCUUCUGAAAAAAGGAAAGAUAAGAAAACUGCUGUGAAAGAUAUCUCAAAUAAUAUUGUAAACAAAGAGUGUGCAAAAGAAAAUUUACAUAGUGCAAAGAGGACUGUAAUAGAAGAAAGACAUUCUAAAGAGAUUAAAACUCAAAAUGACAAGAAACAUAAAAUUACGGCUUUAAAUGGAAUGGUUGAAUCAGGCCCAAAAACAAAGAAGCAAAAGUUGAUGCAUUAUAUUGAGAUUAAAAAAUCUGAAAAGUCCCCAGAUGACUGUACAGAAAUCAAAAAAGUGGACAAAAAAUUGGAUUUGAAAGAAGAAAUUGCAGCUGAAAUAAAACGUAUAUUGAAGCCUUUUUAUGUUAGUGGUCUCAUAACUAAAGAGAAUUACAAAGAUAUAAUGCGAAAGGCUGUUCCUAAAGUUUUUCUUAAUUGUAAUAAAAGUAUACAACCUGAAAAAAUAAAGAAAUUAGUUUUGAAUUAUGUAUCACUGCUGAGUUCUUGACAGAAGAUGUAAAUAAAAUAAAUGAGCUACCAGUGCCUUUCAAAAUGUACAGAAGAAAUUAAUAUAUUUAUUAUUGUAAAUAUUUGUCAUACUUUUAAUAAAAUUUUUUAUUCU